AACAUCUGCAGUGAGUGGCUGGGAGAGAUGGAGUCAUACCUGCUCUUUUAUUUUCUGUGUGUGUGGGCCCUCAGCUGCCCGUCCAUAGCAUCAGUGGAGGCAACGGAACAGUGCCCAGAGAGAAUGCUGGGUAAUGAAAGACGACGAGCAUGCCCAAAAAAGUGCCUACUAGACAAAGAGUGUGGCAGCAAGCGCCUGUGUCUCUGUGACGGGCAGUGUGGACUCAGCUGUGUUGCCCCAGGUCGUACGUGUCCGUGGCCUCUCCCACCUGGCAACCAUUUUGAUGUAGCUCUUCUUUCCCCUUCACCCUCUUUCUCCGCUCUGCUCGAGGUCCGUUGUAAGUCUGGGUACACCAUGCCGAAUGGGCUGGACGUGAUCAUACGCCGUUGCCAAGGUGACCGGCAGUGGAGUGGAGAUGAGCCUGUUUGUACAACCUCCCAGAAUGGAGGUCGUGCAGAAGAGCCGGAUCAGGUGCCUGUGGCGUCCUGUUCAUUGCCUGACAAUGAUUUGCUGUCCGUGCAGGGCAGUGCCGCUGUUGGAUCCAGCAUCAAGUACCAGUGUGAAUCUGGAUAUGUGCUGGUUGGACAUAGCCAGAAUAUCUGUCAUGAGAACCAGACGUGGCAGUACCCUCAACCCGUCUGUCGCCGUGUGUUUUGUCCUCCUCCUAAGGAGGUUGAUCGUGGACACCUGGUGGCCGUCCAGAGAGCUGAAUAUGAGGUGGGCAACACAAUCUAUUACCUGUGCAAGAAGACCUUCUUGUUGGAUGGGCCAAAUCAAGUAACUUGUCUACCUAAUGGCACGUGGAGUGCAGUGCCUGCUUGUCGGGCCCGUUGUCCAGUCCCAGCGCAACGGAGCAGGGUUAUAGUGGGCGGAGAAAAGCGCUGGCCAUAUGAUUUGACGGAUGGUGUGGUUGCUCAUGGAGAGAAUGUAACAUUUUUCUGUCAACAUCCUGGAAAGCAGUGCAGCUUCACCGCCACAGAAGUCUGUGUGGAUGGACAGCUAAUGGCACCUAGUUGCUAUCUUGACCCGACGUGGCUACAGUUCAAGCUCUUUCCUCAUCGGCUGGUCUCUGAGAUUGAUGCGUGUGACCCUGCUGACCUUCAAUGAACUCAUCAAAUCUACAGAUUUCAUCAGAAGACAUAAAUAAAUAAAGUAUUAAUGCAUAAACUCUAUGACUGGAUCCCAACUAGUGGGAUCUUACAGUAUGCCUUUUUAAUGUGGCUUUCCUAUGUUAUGUUGCAUUGACAAAGUUACCUUAAACAGAGUGUGGGGUGGUCACUAUUUUUUGAAUGGUUUAUUUCGCAUCUUAUUUUGUUGUUAUUUUUUUCUGAUGUGUAAUUUAUCUGAACUGGCCAAAACAAACUCUGAAAUCAUGCAUUCAACAAAUGCUUUUAACUGUGCCUAUUUCAAAAUGCAGUCAACAAUAUUAUUUCAAAUAUUAUUUUAAUAUGAUACUUUUUUUGUUUUAUUAGUAACACUACUUUUAAAAUUUCAACAUUUUGACUGGACUGCUUAAUCAGAUUAUAUACAGAAUAAAGUAGAACUGGGGGUAUUGUAACAGAAAAGCAUAAGCUUAAUUAUUUUAUUAAUAAUGAUUCUGUACUUUCCAUUAAGCAUACUUUACAAUGAAUCAAUUUUAAAGGAAAUGUUUUCACCUCAAUAUUAAGAUUUUACAAUAAAGAAACUAG